UAAAAUUACAGAGGCCAUGGGCAGAAUGCAGAAGCCGUAGCGCAUGCGCAAUUGCGAAAGUCCAGUAGAGCCAUAUGGCUUCUGCAUUCUGCCCAUGGCUUAUGGAUUUUUAAUCUACAUAAAAAUCCAUAAGCCAUAUUCCAUGGCAUAACAAACACAGAAGCGUGCGUGAUUGUACCACUGUUGAUUACCUGCAACUCAAAAGAAUAGGAUAUACAUUUUAACAGACAGAUACAACUUUGAAUCCUGGGCAGUGUAACAUUUUAAGAUUGAAUUUCGAAUCAUAAUGAAUUUUUAUUAUAGGAAUGGAUGACUCUGAUUUAUUGUUAAUUUCCUCGGUUUAUCUGGGAGCAAUUUUGGUAAAUCGCCGAAGAGAGAGAAUACGUCGGCGGCGCAGACGUUUGUGGGUCCGACCAAUUAACAUGCGCAGACGGCAGCAGGGUGCUUUCCACAAUCUCUUUCAAGAGUUGAAAACUGAUCCGCAGAUGUUCUGGAAAUAUGCUCGUAUGACACUUCCAUCAUUCCAGAACUUAUUGGAUAUUGCAAAUCCAAGUUUGUUAAAAAGAAGUCCACGUGCUAUUAAUCCUGAACAACGACUCGCUUUGACGCUACGAUUUUUAAGUGGAGACAAAGUUCCUGCCAUAGCGUUUGCUUAUCGUGUUGGUCUGUCAACAGUGCAUAAGAUAAUCAAAGAGACCAGCGACGCAUUGGGGAGAGUUCUUGGCCACAGAUAUCUUCAAGCGCCUUCGAAAGAAGAAUAUUUACAAAUUGCUGAAGGCUUUUGGCAACUAUGGAAUUUUCCACAUUGCUUGGGGGCGAUCGAUGGUAAACAUGUCGAUGCACAAUGUCCGCCCAACUCUGGCACUCUGUACUUCAAUUAUCACAAGAGAUACAGCGUAGUACUGAUGGCUGUAUGUGAUCAUAAUUACAAAUUCACACUAGUUGAUAUCGGCUCCGCUGGUAAGAACAGUGAUGGUGGAAUUUUCGCAAUUAGCGACUUGAAUCCUGAAAACCGGCAGCUAAAUAUCCCUGAAGGAGCCAGCAUAUUGAGCGGAAGCGACAUUCAAAUGCCUUAUUUUUUCAUCGGAGACGAAGCAUUUCCUAUCGGUAAACAUUUGAUGAGGCCUUUCACAAGAAAUUAUCUUGGCGAACGUAAAAAUAUCUUCAAUUAUCGACUGUCUCGAGCACGGCGUAUAAUAGAAAAUUCGUUUGGGAUUUUAGCUAAAAAAUGGGCAAUUUACAAUCGACCCAUUGUUGCGAUUCCAGAAAAUAUAAAUAAAUAUAUUUUAACAACUGUGUGUUUACACAAUUACAUCCGCCACCAAGAAGGUGACAAUAUUCAGUUUCAAAACAACGAUGAAGUUAUCGAGAAUAUCGAAAAUGGGAUUGCAUAUGCAGUAAACGUAAGAGAAACUUUGAGCAAUUAUUUCUUAACACCACCGGGAAUGGUAAAUUGGCAGUACGAUUAUGUGACUAGGGGGCAAAAUCUAGACUAAAAAAAUUAAUCGACGUACGACUCACUUGUAUAUUAUAUUGUAAUAUUUAUUGCUGGUCCCGUUUCACUAAUAAUAUAUACCAUCAACAAUAACAUAUUAUGCGAUACUUAAUCUUAUUAAAAGGAUUAUUCUUACAUCAGUUUGUAAGUUAUUUCCACUAUUCAUAAAAUCACUGUUUUUUUUUAAGUUUGAACACUGCAGGUAAGUUUGGUGGUUAACUGACUUAAAUAAAAAUAUAAAAUUAAGAAUAGAAUCUCUUAUACAUAUGUAGAAAUUAUCGUAAUGAGAAAUUUUCAACAGGUCUCGCCUUUAUAUGAUAAUGAAUUAAUGAAGAAAAAUAUUAUAUUUAUAUGAUAUGACUUAACAUGAUAAUGCCUUUGACUAGACAUGAUAAUUUUCAGUUUUUAAUGUUUUUAUAAUCUAAUAGUCACUCACACAGCCAAUUAAACAACGUUUAAUUCCACCUGACCACUUUGUAGACAAACUCAUCCAAAAGUUCUUUCUCCAUAGCAUAAAAAUAUAUUGGAGAAAAACUAUCUAAUCUUUUUUGGGGCUACUAUUCUGCCAUAAAAUUUUCAGGAUUUCUCGUUUUUUAUUGAUUUUUUCAUCCUCCUUCAUUCUAUUCAAUUCUGUCACAAUUAAAUUGCCGAAAGAAUGGUCGUGAUCGUUACAUGUUUGUUCAGGUUUUUUCUUAUUUACCAAAUGCGCUGUAACUACCUUAUUAAAAUUAAUGAAAGAUGCUUCAAAUUCAUCAUUCUCUGCUUCUUUUUUUUUAAAGUCUUUUUUUAUCGUUAUAUAUGGAUUAAAUCUGCCCUUCGUAUAUGAUGGUGGUUUCUUGAAAGUGUUGGGAGUUUCAUGUAUUGUGGGUGACGCUAGUGGAGACUGAUAUGAUGAUUCAUUCGACGUGGACGCUGAUCGAUUUUCAAACUCGUUCACAGUGAAA